AUGGGCUCCGAUAAAACAGAAAAGAAACGCAAAAGAGACUCGGAUCGCCACGAACGGCCGAGCAAAAAGCCUGCGCUUGCUCCGCAAAACCUACCUCCGCUAAAGGCCAGUGUUCUUCGAGAUGAUAGUGAAUUCGCUCCAGUGUUAGUCCAUACACCGGGCCUUCAAUAUCCACGAAAAGUCCAAGGCUUCAAACCGUACAUCCGAGAACGAAACGAACCAGUAGCAAAAGUGUCGUCGUCAGAUCGUAACAAAGGCAUCAACUCAACGGAACUACUGUUGCAGUCGUCCGAACACCCGAAACUCGACUUUGUCGGCCGCGAGGCCAACGAUGAUGCUGACUCGUUGCUAAACCAUUACAUUGCGAUUGUCGACCCUAAAAAGAAGACAUGGGAGUUUGUCGAGGUGCGCAAGAUGACUCUGCGCAGUUCUGUGAAAAGAAACAACCAAAGCACGGAGAUUGAAGAGGAUGGCUUGGAUAUGGAGGGUGAUGGCACAACGACAUCCUACCGCGAUCAAAAAGACGCUCUCACCGCAGCGUUCGGAACAAAAGCAUCACGAAAAGCCCAACAAUCCCUGGCUGAGAACAGCAAGCUUGCACCGGCCGGAGCCAGCAAAGCGGCCGAAUCCGCCAUCAUCUCGUCGAUGCCCUCAGACGCCAUUGCAUCGGCCAACAGCAAGACCGACGAAAUGCAAGCCCAGAUCCAGGCCAACAAGCCCAUCCCCACGCCCAACCUAUCGGUCGAACACCCGUCCGAAGUGUACGCCAUCAGCUCGCUUGUGCCUGGUGGUCUGUCGACUCUGAGCCAGCUGCCCGUGCAGGAGUGGCAGGAAGCCGUCGAGACCGGUACCGCCAUUACGAGCACGUCGCGAUACGUGGCGCAUCGCGUUGAGGCUGUCGUCCAGUCCACAAAUACCACUCACUUGCAACUCCUCCGCCUCAUUUUGGCCUUGCUCGAGUUUAACCGCAGUCUGAAGCGAGGCAAACAGAGCGACCCCCAGGGCAGCCGCCGCCUCCCGCUGCGCGCCGAUCUGAAAAGACUCGUCUCCGCGGGCUCGUCGGCCGAGUUUGAGCUUCCAGAUCCCGUUAUUGAAGCCAUCCGGCGCAGGUUCGCGCCGCGCGGAGUCAUGACUCGCACCGACGUGACGCUACUGCACACAACCAUCUGUGCGCUGACUCUGCAUAUCCCCCCCGUGCCUACCAAGGACGGCGGCACAAGCUCUCUCGGCGGCAAUGCUCCCAACGAGCUCGCCACGGAUCCGGCUGAUUUGCGUGAUGAUUUGCGUAUGGAUAACCAGGGCAUUGUGCAGUAUUUCCGCGAGUUGGGUUGCAAGGUCGACAAACCCCGAGACUCUGAGUUUGAGAAAUGGGCCGUCAAGACCAAGGCCGAGGCGAAUCUGAAGAGGGUGUGUCGGUUGCGUCUGCCUGUUGAGUUCCCGAGACUGGCGAGAGGAAAAGCGACGAGGAGGUAG